AUGACGGCAAAAUCGGCCAAGGAUGACCGGAGGCAAUAUUGGACUGAAAUAGCGACCUCCGUGGAACAGGCCUCGAACGUUGGUGACACUCGAAAGCUCAACCAACUGAUCCGCCAAGUUAGCGGUAAGCCCCCUACACUGAGUGACUCUGUUCGCGAAGUGAACGGCGGCUUUAUGGCUGAAAACUCGGUCAAAGUCGAGCGUUGGCGUGAGCACUUUGAGCACCAUCUCAACUUUGAUGCCCAACCUACCUCGCCCUUGCUCUCCUCUUCAGCGGAGUUUCUUCCAUCUACUACCUAUGCGGUGUCAUGUGACCCCCCCCCCCCUCUGAAGGAAGUCGCCGAUGUCAUACGAAAGUUGCGCAAAAAUAAGGCCCCCAGUGAGGACGGUAUGCACGCUGAAAUCUUCAAGUCUUGUGUCGACACUCUGGCGCACUGGAUCCAUGAGGCGAUUGAACGAGCGUGGAGAGACGAGGUUGUUCUUGAUGACUGGGGCUUAGGCAUCCUUGUACCUAUUCUCAAGAAGGGGAUAGGACGAGAUGCGACAACUACCGCGGCAGAAGUCUCGUCGACGUUGCUACGAAGAUCUUCACUAUUGUCCUACUUAGGCGAUUCCAGUCUGUGCGUGACGCAAGGACGAGGCCCAACCAAGCCGGAUUUCGUGCUGGACGUGGAUGUGCAGACCACAUAUUCACACUGGGGCGCAUUCUCGAAUUUCGCCAUAGCUUCCAACAACCGACGGUCGUCUGCUUCAUUGAAUUUGCCGCCAUGUUCGAUUCCGUUCACCGUGAGUCCCUGUAGCGGAUAA